AUGGAGGUCUGCUCGAAGCUUGUGGCAAUGGCUCUUGGGUUGGUUCUAGCUGUGGCUAUGGUUGCUGGCCCGGCCGAGGCCCGAAUGCUCGAAAGGGUUCGAUUUGGGAUGUUGCCUAAAGCAUUCGUACCUCCAUCUGGACCAUCUUGGAGGUAUACCUAUAGCCCGCCACCACCAACACGACAACGCUUGCUGCAUUUUGGGAUGUUGCCUAAAGGGAUCGUACCUCCAUCUGGGCCAUCUUGGAGGUAUACCUAUAGCCCGCCACCACCAGGGCGACAACCCUCACUACAUUUUGGGAUGUUGCCUAAAGGGGUCAUACUACGCCCAUCUGGACCGUCUUCCAAAAGCAAUGUACCGCCGUCGCCGUCGCCGCCACCGCCACCACAUCACUAA